AUGGCAUCUGUUGUUGUAGGAGAACCACCAGCCCAGCGACAGUGGGCUGCUGUUGAUAGAAGUACUGGUAUUAUUGAAGAUGAAGCUACAGCCAAGCGCAAGCUGAAGGAGGCAGGGUUCGAUCCCAACGAUUGUAUUUCGGCCAUCGAUCCACCGAGGUCCAUGAAACCACCGGAAGUCUACUUGUGGCAUUCCAUAACCCCGAUGACUUACUUUUGCUUCUUUGGAGACCUUCCCAUGUGUCGCUACAUUCACAGUCAUGGUGGGGCUACCACCAGAGCUGGUAGAGAAUUCUGGUAUCCAAUGUACGCCGCAGUGCUAAGGUGCCAUUUGGAGAUAUGCCAGUUUUUGUUCGAAAAUGGGGCCAGGGUUGAUGUUGCACCAGGAGAGCACUCAGAAGUCUUGACCCCCUUGGCUCUCUGUUUGGAUUCUCCAGGUGCUCUUAGAAAGGAGCGCUUGGUGAUGGGAAAGUGGCUUUUAGUGAAUGGGGCCAUUGGUUUUGAUGCCAACAUAUUGGCCAAUAAACUGCAGGGUCUGGAUGAUAAUUAUGCACGGACAGAUUAUCGGCCUCAGAUGCUGUCUUGGUCGCAGGAUGUGCUGAAUCUCCGUGACUGCUUUCAGACAUUCCUCAUGGGAACUUAUGUCCCAAAGCGAAAGAUGGAUGCACAUCUUGGUUCCAAGAGAGCAGCUGCCACAACUGGAAGUAUUAAUGGCAACAACGAGCUGUCACAAACACAAGUGACAGUACUGAACAACAAAUUCCCUGUUCGACUUCUCGGUGGCAAUGCUGGGUUGUUGAAAUGCAUCGCAGAAUAUGUCGGGGUCGUUGAUGGUUUUAGUCGCAAAGAGAUGGAAAAUCAUCGUCGGCUCAGUGAGGUGUUGCCUCGAAGUCUACGAGAUUUUCCUUUCAGAAGAAGCCAAGACAAUGAAAAUGAUGAUGGGAAUGAAGAAGAUGACGAGGCUUUCUUGAGUAUUGCCCGUCUCGUCCAGACACCAACCCGCUUUUAA